AUGUUUACGCCAUAUUCGAGGAUGUCAAAAACGGUGAUUCUCUUUGCCACGCUUCUUCUUCUCCUUGGUCUUCAGGCCCACAACUCAUUUAUCCUCUUUCCCAUUCUCUUGGACUCUGUCUCUGGCUUCACUUGGAAGCACUAGCAGGGCCGCAUAGAUGGGGCAAUCUGUGACUUUACAGAGGAGGACAAGCUUUCCUACCUGCGCAAUGCCCAUACUCGUGGAAUCCGAAAUAUUGAAAUGGAGUCGCUCUGCUUUGCUGCAAUGUGCCUUCGCCUAGGUGUUCGAGCCGCCAUGAUCUCUGUAACUUUGGCUGAUCGCCUGCAGACGGAUCAAAUUCUGGCCGAACCAGAUAUCGUCAAUGACUGGCAUACGCGCCCAAUCAACCUACUCACUACCUAUCUCUGCCAUAAGCUUGGAGGCAUAGUUGGCGAGACUUAG